AAAAGAGAAACAGAAACAACAUUUUUUAGAUUAAAGGUAUUUUUGAUAAAAAAAUCCAAUAAACAUCAAAUACUAAAUAAAUAAGAAUUAAGAAAUUUUGAAAUGAAGAAAUAAUCCACAUUAAAAAAUGAAAAUUUGAAAUUAAUAGAAGCUAAAAAGAAAAUAUUUUAAGAUUACACCAAGGUCUCUUAACUGAAUAAAUAACAUGUAGUCCAAAAUCAGUAGCUUAAAGGAAGUAAACUACAAAACUAGAAAGUUAUUCUUCAAUAAUUUAGUCUUUAAAAAGAUUUAAAUAAAGAAUAAGUUCAAAAAAAAUAAAGUGUGCAGAAUUGCUUAGAUAUUUAGAUAUAAAAAAAUUAUAUAUUGAAUCUUUAAAAGUCAAUUAAAGUUCAUCAAAAUUCAUAGUUACAGCUUUAGAAGACAAAAAAUAAAAUUUAAAUAUCAUAAUUAAAUAGUUUAUAGAAGGAAAAUAAAAAAUAUGAGGUUAUGCCUUGCUUGGCGAUUCAAGGGAAAAAGAAAGAAAUGUAAUUACAGGUUUUAAAAAGAGAAAACAAAAAGUAAGAUUUGGAAAAAGAAAAAAGUUAAGUAAAAGAAGAAAAAAAAAAUUUAAUCAGUGGAGAUAAUUUGAAAGUAGAAAGUUAGCUGCUGCAACAAGCUUAUGAAUCAAAUCCUUGUAUAAAUUAACUAAAUAAUAAAUGUGAAAAGAGAAAAGAAGGUUUUGUAGAUGUGAAGAUUUAAAUAAAAAAUUAUCAUGAUCAAAGUAUUAAGCUGAAUCAACUUCAUAAUUAAAUUAAAGAAACAAACAAAUUAAUUAGCUUGAAGCUAGAUACAACUUUUGAGAAUUAUCAAUCUCUUUUAAAUUUUUGUGUCAAAUUUUUAAAGUUUGGAUCUGAUUUAAUUCAUUUAGAGUGGCAUGUAAAGGGUUAUUUUAAUGAAUAUAGGUAAUCUAACCUGAUUUCCGAAUUGAUUAGUCGCUUUUUUAUAUUGACUAAAUUUGUGUUUGUAAUUCACCUUCCUUAUAUCUCUACUCUUACUGUAGAAAGCUUUUCUAACGGAUUAAAACAACUAAAAAAUUUAAAAAUAUUUCAUUUCAAGGUAAGCAAACCAUUUUAAAGUAAUUAUAAAUAAGGAAUGCGCGAUAAGGCACAUCUACAUAUUAUCAAUGCUGUUUAAAACCUUGAGAACUUGGAAAUAAUGGUGAGUGACGUUUAAUAAAUUCAGCAUUGCUCUCCACCACCAAGUAAAAUGGCUAAUCUUAUAUACAGCUACAAUUUACCUGAUAGAGUAUUGAAACAGAAACAAUAAUAAAACUUAAAAAUAUAAAGUUAGAAAAUAACAAUGCUUUAGUUAAACAAUGUAAUUUCAGCUCAUUUAUAUUCAUACAAUUCCUAUUAAUGCUAAUAAGAUACUUUAAAGCUUUUUGAUUUACCUUUUGUUACAAGUUGCUAUUUUACUAGAGAUAGUUGUCCUCAUUAAGUAGAAGUUUCCUAAAUAAUUAAUCAUUUAAGAAAGUUUGUAUCAACAAAAAUGAGACACUUGCUUUAAAUAAUAAGUUUUCAUAAGCAAAUAACAGAAUUUAUUCCUUUGAAUCCUGCCAUGUUAAUGACAGAUCUAUGGUUUGAUUGA